AUGAGGCAAGGAGGUAUCUCUGAGGGGCAGUCAACCUGGGAGUUCCAAGCUUGUGGACAACCAAUAGAUGGGAAAGUUAUUGGGAAAAAAUGGGCAGCUAAGCAUGAUGGUAGUAGCAUAGAUGCUAACAAAGUUAAGGCUAUGGUUGAGUGGCCUAUGCCAAAAUCAGUUAAAGAAGCAAGGGGUUUCCUAGGAUUAACUGUUUAUUACAGGAGGUUCAUUAACGGUUAUAGAAUCAUGGCUAAACCACUUACUGAAUUGCUAAAAAAGGAUCAAUUCCUGUGGAAUCCUCAGGCUACAACAACUUUUGAAGAGCUAAAGCAAGCUAUGAGUACAACCCCUAUACUGGCGCUACCAAACUUUGAUGUGAAAUUCAUUAUAAAACUGAUGCUUGUGGAAUGGGAAUUGGGGAUGUGUUAA